GAUACGGACUUGGUGCAGAUAAUCCUGCUGGCAUCCAUUGCUUUGCCGGUUGUACUCAUUUGUUUUGCUGGGGGACUCUAUUUCCUACUGGAGAACAAGCACGUCCUACAUACAGCCUCUGCCUCCCAGUCUGACAUUGAAAUUAUGGCUCGGAAUUCAUCACAAAGCGAUGGCGAAAAAGGAGCAGCGGAGGCACUGAAUGUAGAGGUACCAGUGAAGACUAAUGAGUCCAAUACAAAUGCUUGUGCUGUUGCCACCUCUAUCAUCUCCAUUAGCCCCGAUGUAUGGUCACCAGGGGCACACAGUGCUGCUGAGAUUGCUCAGCCACAACGCCAUGCCAGUGUGGUAUCAUUGGUAAGGCGAGCAGGUCGUCCUAAGCGCAGUACCAGCAUCAGCACCACUACCACUGCUACCAGCAGCACCCCAGCCAGCGGCAGUAGUAUCACAGGACAACCGGCUUCUGUUUAUGCCUCAAUUAGGGAACAGAAUUUCUCCUCGGAGACAAUCCAUGACAAGGUAGGUACUAUGUGUCCCAGUGCGGCUAUGGAAAGUGGGUACAUAGAGGUUGUGUAUUCUGGAGAUUUCGACCAAGAUGGGCCGGCCUACAGCACACCACCUGCCCUGGAAACACAAAUAGAGUCCAAAGACAGAACACCGUCCAACAACACGUAUCAGGAUGUGGCUGCUGUUGUCUUGGCGGACAGAUCAUCACCCCAGCCAGCAGACAACGAGUCCACAGGGAGCACCGCCGUGCUGUCACAGAGUGUUGUCUUGGCGGACAGAUCAUCAUCCCAGCCAGCAGACAACAAGUCCACAGGGAGCACCGCCGUGCUGUCACAGAGUGUUGUCUUGGCGGACAGAUCACCACCCCAGCCAGCAGACAACAAGUCCACAGGGAGCACCGCCGUGCUGUCACAGAGUUCAUGCUCUGAACUUGCCUUACAAUCAACAACUUCAGUGCAAGUAGAAUUAGAGUUGGGACAUAUGCCGGAUAUAACUGGAGAUGUUGAUGGGAAACAAAACGGGAGUCAAUUGCAGAACAAAGACAAUGCGACGAUUGCAGUGCACAAUACUCACAGAGAGCAUGGUUUAGCAUCAGAUGAACCCUCAUUGCAUCUGGAAGCAGGUUCUGCCACGUGGCCACCUACUCAAUCACCUACGUUUCCCGGGAAACCAUCACUACCGCAUCACGAAUCAUUAGAAGCUGACCUGCAGGACAUGGAUACCGACCUAGGACUAGGUGCAAUGGAGAGCAGUAUGCACAGUGACAAUCUUAAAACCGAUUAUGACAACACAGACUCUGGUCCCGGGCUAGCAAGCAGUGUUUAUGGUAGCUCCAAACCGACAACACCUGUUGUAGCUCCAACAGAUCGUAGUGCUACUGCAUUGGCAGCACAGUCCUGCACUGCCAGUACAACCAUGGGCACCACAGAACCUGGUUUGAGUAGUGUAGAACAGGCAGCAGCAGCAGCAGCAGCAGCAGCAGGCGAUAUCAUCGGCACUGCCUUCAUCAAUGCAGUAGCAGAUCAGCAAGCUGCACAAGCAUCUCACCUUACCGGUGCCUGGGCUGACCAUCAUGCAAGAGUCUGUGAUGUCACUGAUGCCACUGAUGCUACUGCUCAACCAACUGAUGGUAAUGCUGCGCGCCGCAGUGCAGAACAGGACAAUACAGCUCAGAGUGGCAAGAAAUCACCUCAUCGUAAGAAGUUGCUGGGCAGACAUGAUAAAUUCCGACGACCUGUCCUGCCAGAGCAUAAAAACAAAAGACGUAAGAGCAACAGAAAGUGCAAGAAAGAGAACCGCCAGCUUAUUGAGCAUCAACAAACCAUAGCACCAGGCGCCCUUCCUAAUUUACAGCAUGGAUGCUCUCUCGCUGGCAAUAUUGGAUAUCAUGAGUGUCCACCGAAGACAGAAGAUGUUAAUGACUUACGUGACAGCUGUGUGGAACAUGGUGUAUCUGGUCUAGGACCACCACCACCACCAGCAGCACUACAGUCUGUUCGGCCCCGUUCAGACUCAGGGGAACAGCCACAUGCACAGUCACCGGCCUGGCAUUGUGCCAACGAUGAUGACGAGCAGACACAGAACGUAGAUAGAUCCAACCAAACGCUAGGUCGUUCCUCUGUUGCUGUCUUGUCUGAUGUUACCAACCAACUUGCCAAUUCUCCGGGCAACUUUUGGCAAGUCAAUACUGAAUCCAAGACAACGAUGGAAAAGAACUCAGAAGCAGAUCAGGCAGAGACCACACAACCCCGAAUCCAUCACCAUCGUCAAACAGGUGACCCCAGUCAACACCAUAUGUACCAGUAUGAACAUUUCCCGCCGGUUAGUCGACUUCGGAGUGCAGCAUCCACAGAACAUCCAACCGGCAUGAAACCUUCAGGGAUAAGUCCCCGUCAGUUUGUAGCCAAUCGGCCAGCACCACUGAGGGAGGCUUCAAAGCCGCUGAGCAAGGGCUUCACUGGCGCCUAUACCCAGGACUGGCCUACCCUGCCGCUGUCUGCAGCUGCACAUUGCAUUGCACCGAGCAGUGCUACUGCUGAUCCGGCACAGCCCCCACAGCCACACUCGCGGCAGCAGUUAGUAAACAUAUGCCAAUCCGGUCAUUCACAGAGUGAUGAUGCCAUGGUGGCGGCGAAUCUUGGGCAAGACCAGUUUGAUGUCAUCUACGAAGAGACCUAUUAGUAUGUGAAUGUACCACAUGAACCAUUCUGAUUCUAAUUCUAAUGACACCCAUCAGUCAUAAUAUUAUGACUGCCAUUACCGCUGGUAGUCACAUGAUGCACAUACACAGCAGGAAGAUUGAAGCAUGCUGAAAGACAAUGGACAUCCUGUAACCAACUAAUGAACGUUAUACCUGGUAUGCACAUAGUAUUAUCAUUCAGCGGAUGCCACAGGCAACAAUAGAGAGGCGCCUACAAGUUUCCGGACAAAAUAUCAGGCUCCACAUUAUAGUCAUGUAUGUAUGUAUGUAUGUAUGUAAAUGUAUGUAUGUAUGUAUGUAUGUAUGUAUGUAUAACUCAUAAUCAAGGUGAUCGUAGAGGCAUUAAUCAGCGAGCGAAUUGUGAAUGAUGUCUCUGAAUCCAACUCUAUCGUGUGCUGCAUGAGAGAGAGCGUGCAAGGGAAGACCCGUCCAACUUUUAAUGUUAGAAAUCCAUGAUGUCGCGGGCCUUCCUCUCGGUCGAGAUCCAGGAGUUGAUCCUUGCAGGAAGGGCUUGGAGAAAACGUCAUGUCUCGUAACAUGGCCAAACCACAUCAACUUUAAUUUCUUGACUUCGUU